UUCAGUUUCACUAUUGAAACAGUCGAUUGCACAUCUCUCAAGUCCCCCAGCCGUUAGCAAGUCUCAAGAUGAUGAUUAUUUGGCUCUUGGCAUUCUGCGCCUCCGCUUCAGCAGUAACUUUCAGGGCCCAAGUGAGGCUCAUGAAUCUGCCCGAUGAUGAGGUCAAGAAGAACGAUUACUUUGAUUUUAAUUUGUUCGAUGUAACGAUCAGGAAGAGUUUGGAGAAAGAUGUUGGAAUUACGGUUGAUUACAAAAUUACUGAUCGUAGCGGUACAAAUUUGGCAACUGCCGAUCGUGUUCUGUUGUGCCCUGAAUAUGAUGCCGAUGAGCAGGAUGUCAAAGCUGUUGAAUUAUUCAAAGGCACUAUCGAUAUUCUCAAUAAAAAAUGCCCAAUAAGAAAGAGGAGGGUCCGGUUACAACCGACUUUCGACACGGAAUUACGAGUUGAUAAUCUCGCUGAAUCACCUUGUAAUCAACUCUUAAAGGCUGAAGUCCAAGUGUUUGUCCCCGGGUCCGUCAAAAAAAUUGUCAAAAUGAAAUAUGAUAUCAUUCCUAAGUGCUGAUAAUUAGGACCUAAAGGUGAGGAUUGGUUCAGUUGAAAUUCCAUUGGUGACAAAUAAAGUAUCGGAAUUCAUUGCAA